ACGCCCGCGCACAGUGCUCCGAGCCGGCCGGCCGGUCGCCGACAGCACAGCUCACGCCAGCCAGUGCCGCGUGCCCCGUAGCGUCUUCAUGUCGCCGGUGCAGCGCCUCGACUGCUGACCGCCGCCCGCCUUCAGACACCCGCCCGGCCCGCCGCGCGCUUCCUUCCUCCUACAGUCAUCGACAUAAACACAAGGUGGGUGUCCAGCGGCUUGUGGACGGAACUUCUGCUGCCGAGCAAGGAUCACCGCUAUCGUAUCGCGAAAAGCUGGCAGAUAGCUCUCGGCUGCAUCAGCCAAGAUGCUGCAGCAGAUCCUGAAGGAGAUGUGGGUGGACCCCGAGCUGCUGGCGGAGCUGGACGACAACCAGAAGCAGACGCUGUUCUGCCGCAUGCGCGAGGAGCAGGUGCGCCGCUGGAAGCUGUGGGACAGCCAGGCGGCCGUGCCCGAGCGCCCGCCCAGGCCGGCAGAACCAAACAAGAAGAAGGUUGAUUUUCUGCUGGGAGCAGAUGGGGAGCCCUGGGUGUGGGUUAUGGGGGAACAUCCAGAUGACCCAUCGAUAGAAGAGAUCCUUGAGCGUGAAGCAAGGGAAAAGGCAAGGCAACAAGCUGAAAAAGAAGCUGAACAGCUCAGAAAGUCAAUGGAAGCAGAAUUGACUGAGCUACUGGACUUAAACCAGAAACAGAUACAGGCUAUGGAGGCCCUUCAGCGCAAAGAGGCAGAUCCAAUGGAUAUAUACUGCUCAGUAGAUGAAAUUAGAGACAGAAUAAAACAGCAGUUUCCUAAUAAUAAUACGAAGAAUAACAUUAACAGCACUAUAGAGAUCAGCUUUGCUGAUAAACGUGAUGCUUUGCAAGAAAUCUCUCUCAAUACUCCAAAGAAGGUAUCUCAACGUGUUGCACUCUGGGAGAAACGUGUGAUGGAAGAAAGGACAUCUGAAAUAUUCAGACGGAUUCAACGUAAACAAAAAGAAGUUGCUAAAGAAGCUGAGGAGGAAGAGCAUAAGAAAGAACAGCUAUGGAGGGAGCAAGAACGUAAAGCAAAAGAAGCUGAAAUGCAGAUACGUGAAAUAGCACGGCGUGCUCGAGAAGAACAUCGCAGAACUUCAGUACUGGAUAUGGAUGUUGAUAUUCAGGCCAAUUCAACCAAAAAUACACUCCCUGUAGAAACUAGCAGCAGUCAAAACAGCCAGUCAGCUGUCAACACAACUAAUAGCACAACAACUGCAAAGCCAGAAAGUAAAGAAGCUGUGGUGGAAUGGUUCCGCUCUAGUGAAAUAGCACGAAGAGCAGGCUUAGAGCCUACAUCUAAUCAAAUAUCUCCUUGGUUCCAUGGACUCAUAACACGCCAAGAAGCUGAGGCACUUUUGCAGGACCAAUCAGUGGGGACAUUCUUAGUAAGAGUGUCUGAACGUAUAUGGGGCUAUGCUAUCAGUUAUAAGGAUACAGAUCGAUGCAAGCAUUAUCUGGUUGAUGCUUCCAAUGGUCAUUAUCAGUUUCUAGGAGCUAAUCAGCUCAGUCACAACACACUGCGUGAUAUGAUACAGUACCAUGCAGAAAAUCCUAUCACUAUGAUGGGAGGUGAGAGAUUACUAUCUCCUUGCCCACGAAAUGAGGUACCUAGUAUUUUCAAAGGACUGCUUCAAAACAGUUGGUGAUUUUCCUCAGAAAUAUAAGUGGAAAUGCCGAAGCCAGAAGUAAUUGCUUAUCAUUAGCAAUAGCUAAGACUGAACAUUUACCCACAGUUGAUUCAUUUCUAGUUCUGAACUAGAAAAAUUAGAGGUAGUGAAGCAGUGAUGUGUUUUUUUCAGUGUAAGCACAGGAAAAAAGUUUGGCUAAUAUGCAAAACAAACUUCCUUGUGUAGUUCCAGAGAAUGUAAUCUGUUCAUAUAAGACCUGUACAGUGGAUAGUGAUUGACUCUUGGUAUUUAUAAACAAAGAGAUUGUGUGUGUUAAAUGUUUGUGUUGUAAUGUGCUGUCAUUCUGUAGUAUGAAAUAUUUCAACAUCCACUCUCACUUCUUUUCCAUUAACACUGUUGUAUUCCUGUGUGGUUGACACAGAGGAAGGUGACAGUAUCACAGUGCCAUGACUCAUUUACUUGCUAUUAAUGUAAAUGGAGGUAGUCCAGGUUAUGCAGAGGGCACUGUCUUGUGCUGUAAGGUUGUACAGUUUGUAAUGUACAUUUAUCAGAAGGAAAAUAAUUAUGUUUCCUCAUAGAACUAUCAGAUGUAUUAAGCAGUGAGAUAGCAGUGUAUUAUGUCAGUUUUUCAAUAAUAUAAUUAGUGUGGUUGCUUUCAGACCUACAUUAAAAAAGAAGUAAAUAAAUUUUAUAUUGGUGCUCAUUGCUGCUAUAAACUUACUCUUCAUUGUUACUAAUACACGAUUUUAGUGCUUUACUCUAUAAAAAUUAGUUUUAUAAUUCCAAUUUCUUCUAAGAAAAUAAUACCCAGAAUUAUGACUGAUGUACACUGAUUUAUGUGUAUUCAUUUUCUGAUUAUGAUACUGUGUCAGUUUUGCAAAGGGGUUUAAGAUUAUCCCUAGACUAAUUGCAGUGAUUUCUAUUCAUAUCAUAAUCUGAACAGCUAUUUUUGAGAGCUCAUAGUAUAUGUCACCUGUCUGUCAUGAAUCAAAACAGCAGUUCCUUAUACUAAGGACAGCAGACACUAUUUGGCUAAUUUUGGAUGUGGGACUCAUACAACAGAUGAAAACAAAACUAUAUGAUUUACAGUUUAUUGGAAAACACACGUCAAAACAGCAAACAGUAACUAUAUACACAGUUUUAAAAAAUAUUUUAUACAAAUAUAAGGUGACUAUCUGUUGUAAAAAAUAUAAUUUUCCCAACUUGGGUUCCAUAUGUAUCAAGAACAAAUUUCUUAUGAUUGCACUCCAUCGCUCAUUACAAAAGAGACCAACGGAAUUUCAUCUUUUCAUACAUGAUCUCUCUAUGUUUCUUUUAAAUCUGGUGCUUCUCCUUGAAAGUAUUAUAAAAAACAUCUGUCUCAAAAACAGAUACAAAUGCAGAAUAAUAAAACAAAAAGUAUUUGAAGAACAAGAUUUACACUGGAUGACAAUGUAAUUCCAGAGAGAAAUUGUAAACAUAAUAAAUUCAGACAUCAAAAUAAACUUUUUUUUAAAAAUUUUUAAUAAAUGUUCAUUAUUCUGAUUUACACUUUCUGCAGCAUUACGCAAACAGUCACUGCAAUUUAAGCAGUAGCUUAAGUCAAGAUAGGUACCACACACAAACAAAAUUAAUGUAUAAAUGAUUUUUCAAUCAGAACAUUAAUUCAUCAAAUUAGUGAUCAUUUAUCUGGCAAGAAGAUACUGAAAGGAGGUCUAUGAAAGCAUAAUAUUGACAUUCUAUGUUCAUGGAUAUGUAAUUGUGAACUGAAAUUUGUUAAGACUUUGUUGUGAUAUUUCAAUAACAGAUCUGUACUUGGAAAUGUUUAGUUCACAAGGCAUAGACUGCCCUCUUGCUUCUGAUUAUUUCCACAAUUAGUUUCAUGUGAUAUGGAAAUAUAAUGAUGAUUGUCUAGUACAAAUAUACUGUGUAUGUCAA